CUUCAAGGAGGUCUGAGAAAUGAACCAAGUUAGUUUCAGCUUCUCUGUGCUCUUUGUGCCGUUACUUUUCUGGCACACUGAUGGUGCAUGUAGGUACCGGUUUAACAGGAUUCGAUACGACAAAGAUAAGCAGCAUGUAACGUUUUACUGUUCGUACCGCGGAUAUAAUUGGUCAAAUGGACGGAUACUGUUCCCUGAAGUAUGCGAAGAGUGCGAAUGUAAAGGUUACAUGCUGUCAUGCUGCCACGUUGGUACGGCUGCAAAUUCCGGGGAAUAUGAGGGCUGUACCAAGGUGACCCGAAAAUGUGAAGUCCGAUACUACAAGAUUGAGAAUGGACAGAAGUUAGACUGCUUCUCAGACCUACCGUUUGAUGAGAACUUCUGGCUUAAGUAAAAAUAAUGUUGAUGUUCUCUUGUAUUCUAAUGAACUUUUACAAUUUUGAA